AUGCUUCCACAAAACCUCUGCAGCUUGUAUGAAAAUGUGCAACUUUCCAAGGCGACUGCCAUGCUGCUGGUCCCUGAGAGGCCACCCAUGUCCAAGGCCCAGACCUUCCAGGAGUCACUCAAGGGGCCCGACCCCCUUUGCAGCAUGAGCAGUCAUGUUCACGGCUCCAGAUCCGAGAUGCAAUUUGAGAGACACAUAAUGUACGAGCAGGGCCGCGUGACCGCGUGGUGGCACAUGGUCGCGCGGAACCUGAGAUCUUUCCCAUACUCCUGUUCAACACUCAGAAGAAAAACUUCCACUCUGUGUACCAGCUUUACAAGUAAAUCAUGAAAAGAACAUAUGUUCCCUCCUCUGAUGAACAUGCUGAUUUUUUUCAACCUUUUCAGAGCACCAUUGUUUGCGGAUUUAAAGAAACCAGAGUUAAAGAUUCCUCACGCAGUGAACUUCUACAUUAAAGUUGAACCUAGGGUGAUUCUGGGUAUCUCCAUGGUUCCUAGCUGCCGGGGGGAGGGUGCUAAGGGGAAGGGCCGUAGCUGGUAUGAAGCAGCUCUCCAUGAUGGCAACCCAAUCAUUGUUUAUCUUCAUGGCAGUGCAGAGCACAGGACUACUCCUCAUAGACUUGAGCUAGUAAAGGUGCUGAGUGAUGGUGGUUUUCAUGUCUCGUCUGUUGACUCUAGAGGGUUUGGGGACUCGACGGGUAAGCCCACCGAGGACGGGCUGACUUCAGAUGCUAUUUGUGUCUAUGAGUGGACCAAGGCAAGAAGUGGUACCACCUCCCUGUGUCUCUGGGGCUGCUCUCUGGGAACAGGAGUUGCAACAAAUGCUGCAAAAGUUCUAGAAGAGGAAGGAUUCCCAGUUGAUACUAUUAUCCUGGAAGCUCCAUCUACCAACAUAUGGGUUGCAAGUAUCAAUUAUCCCUUGUUAAAGAUUUACUGUAAACUUCCAGGAUUUUUAAGCAUGCUUAUGGAUGCCCUGAGGAAAGACGAACUAGUCUCCCUCAAUGAUGAAAAUGUUAAAUUCCUGUCUUCUCCCCUUCUUAUCAUACACGGUGAGGAUGACAAAACGGUGCCUUUCGAAUUUGGAAAAAAGCUCUAUGAAAUUUCACACAAUGCAUAUAGGAGCAAAGAGAUGGUGAAGAUGGUGAUCUUUCCUCCUGGCUUCCAACACAACUUCCUUUGUAAAAGCUCCACACUGUUAAAAACCAUGAGAGAUUUCCUGAGCCGGCAGCGGGCAUGA